UGCAAAGCCGAGCUGGCAUGCGGGCUGAGGGCGGAGCCAAAGGGGGUGGGGAGAGCCGACCUACCGCCCAGCUGGACCAAACCCCUCCGCUCCCAGCCGGCUAAACACUCGGCGAGAAACUGCAGUGCGCCUGGGAUCGGGGACGCUAGCUCCUGCCCUUCCAGCCGGAGCCCUCGCACCAGGCGCCUUUCCUGGGAGCGAGCUGGGCGCGUCCGCUCAUUCGCGAUCGCCCGGAAAAGGCCGAUUUAACGACAGGCCGUUUGGCCUUUGCACGAGCCGCCAAGUCACCAAAGGGCGGCGACAGGGGACUGGAGCCAGCGGGGCUCUCUCCCGAGGAGCAGAGAGCGCUCCGGGGCGACGCGGGGACGGAGCGAGGAGUGUCGUGGAGCUCGGGGCUAGCGGCGGAUCAUCACGAUUUUGUCUGGCGUCUGCGAAAUGUGGGAAGAAGACAAGGUCAAGCUCGGAGGCAGCGGCAGCGAUGCGGGUCUGGCCAGCGCCGCGGCGCGGGGGCAAGUGGAGACCGUGCGGCAGCUCCUGCAGGCCGGCGCGGAUCCCAACGGAGUCAACGGCUUCGGGAGGCGCCCGAUCCAGGUCAUGAUGAUGGGCAGCACCCGCGUGGCCGAGCAGCUGCUGAUCCACGGCGCGGACCCCAACUGCGCGGACCCCUGGGGCCGCCUGCCCGUGGACCUGGCUGAGGAGCGGGGCCACCGCCACAUCGUCGGGUACCUGCGCGCCACCGCGGGAGACUGACGUCGGGCGCACCCAGCUGCCCACAACGACUUUUCUUUUCUCCCCAGCUCCCCAUCCCCAACUUAGUUCAACCAAGGCUGCAAAGCAGAGCGGCUUUCGGAAAGCCUUCCUGGGCGACUGGAUUCCUCAAGGGAAGGAGGGGCAGGCCAGAAAUAAAUCCUUUUUCUUUUUUCUUUUCUGGAUCCCACCCUGGACCCUCACCUGUAGCCAAAGGCAGAGAGGUGGGGCCAGAGGUGUUCAGCGAGAUUUGGGGGCGGAAUGUUUCGUUCCCAGCUGCCGUUCACUGGCGGAAAAGUGGUGUGCGACGAAGUCCAUGAAGGGCCCUGGAGAUGGGGGGCAGGGUCGGAGGCAGCGGGAUUGGCCUCCGAUGGGAGGUCGGUGAGAUGGUCACUGCACUGACCUUGAUGGAGCCCCUCGUAAGUCCUCACUUGGGGCUUUAGGCACUUGGGGCUCACGGGAAAACCCGAAGACCGAGGACCAGAGGAGGACGGCUGCUGUGGGUGUCAGGAGGCUGUCUACGCUUUACUUAUUGUGCGAGCAAGUCACCUGCAAAACCGCAUUCACUGCAAGUCCUGGAGGCAGCUCCACCGGAUAGCGACUAGAGGAGAAGGUGGGAACCACCUUGAAUUCGCCUUUAUAUCCUAAAAUCCCUGGGUCAAGGUGGUGCAAGACAGCUCUCAGGACGGGCCGCACUUGCUGUUUGUUAUUCAGUCCGGGAGAGCUUCCUGCGCGUUCCAGACGUGAACCAUCAGCGAACAAAAUGCUGCAGGAGGGAGCGGGGGCUGGCGGGGUAGAAGUAGGAGACAAAACUGUACGGUGAACUAAUGGUUUGCUUCACAUAUAAACCCCCGGCAAGAAAGAGCAGAUCGAGGAAAGAGAAAUUAAGACUUGAUUGGAAAAUGGAAGACUUGGAUUCCAUUACUGGUUCUUUAAUUAAAUACAUGACUUACUAAAUAAUGU